UCUUCACAGUGUGUUUAAGUAGGCAUUCAGUCAGUGUGUGUCCCUGGUUUUAGAAUCCCAAAAAUAUGGCAACAAGUUCAGCCUCGCUCCAGCGCUGGCGGCUCCUGAUGGUGCUGACUGGUCUCCAGGUUUGGCAGCUGGGAAUCACAAAGGCACGCGUCUCCACAGAUGUAGACGUUCUGCUGCCAUACGCCAAGGGCCAUGGUCCCACCCACUCCCAUCGCCACGUGAGGGACUGCCAAUCCGUGACGUACGGUACAAAGACGUUUGAGACCUGGCCGUCCAGUAGCCAGAACACACUCCCAGUGGCCCAGUCCAGCGUGUUCAUAUCCGACAUGCCAGGCGGCGCCGUGAACUCCCGCUGGGUCUACGGUCACGUGACGGUGGUUCGAGACCCGCUGAGGACGCUGUCAGUGUUGGAGCCGGGCGGGCCGGGCGGCUGUGAGAAGAGCCCCAGGGUGACGGUGGAGGAGACGGUGGCGCCUGCCGGGUGUUUGUACGCCCAGAACGCCGGCUUCUUCAACAUCACUUCCGACGAGUGCUUGGGCAACGUGGUGAGCGACGGCUGGAUGGUGAGGGACAGCAGGGGGGUGCAGAAUGCUCAGUUUGGCAUCCGGAAGGAUGGCACCCUGGUGUUCGGGUAUCUGUCUCAGGAGGAUGUUCUGGAUCAGUCCAACCCGUUCGAGCAGCUGGUCAGCGGCGUGGUGUGGUUGCUAAGGAACGGAGAGGUUUACAUCAACCAGAGUCUGAAGGCCGAGUGCGACGAGAUAGUCGACAUUGAGCUGUUUGGAGAUUUUGUGGACGUGCGCUCAGCGAGGACGGCGGUCGGUCACGACGUCAACGGCAACGUGGUCCUGUUUCACGUGGACGGACAGACCCACAAAAGAGGUAUGAGUCUCUGGGAGGUGGCAGACUUCCUGAAGAAUAACGGGGUGAUCAACGCCAUCAAUCUGGAUGGAGGAGGCUCUUCCAGCUUCGUGGCUAACGGCACGUUGGCCAGCUACCCUCCGGACACGUGUAAGCCUGACGGCAGGUGGCGCUGUGCUCGGCCCGUCUCCACCGUGCUGUGUGUUCACCGGCCGCGCUGCCAGCCUGCAGACUGCGGCGGACACGGACACUGUGAGGACGGAGGCUGCCGCUGUGAGGAGGGCUGGCAGGGCCCCGCCUGUGACUCCCUGCUAUGUCGGCCCCCAGCCUGCGGCCCACACGGGGUCUGCACCGCCAAUGGCUGUCUGUGUGCUGCUGGAUGGAGAGGAGAGCUCUGCAGUAAAAUUUGCCCUGCAGGUUUUUAUGGUCUGUCCUGUGCUGAGAAGUGUCAGUGUGAAGAGCAGUGUGCAUGUGACCCGCAGACAGGAAGCUGCGGCUCCGCCAACAACAGCACAUCCAGCAGAGAGGCGGUUCAGUCGGGUCGGAGACGACAGGAGGAGGCGUACGGACACGAACCGUACCUAACAGAACAAACAUGGCUGAUCAUCACGGUGACGCUGGCCUCUCUGCUGCUGAUCCGACUGCUGGCUCACUGCCUGCGGGCGACUCGCAGAUUGCUUCUCUCCCGGUACUCCUACUCACAAGUUCCUCUGAGUGACGUGAAGGGAGAGGCUGCUUCGUCGGGGUCCUGCUUCCUAUAGCUUUACUGACAAACACACUAACUGGGAGAAAAGCAAACACACACUUCAUGUGUUCAUGCAGGGGAUGACAUGCCGAGCAACCAGACGCUGCAAUCCAGAGACCGGAAAGCACUGCAGGACUGUUGAAGAGGAGGACAGAGAUUUUAGUUUUUAAUUUAUGAAGCUGAUGAUCAUUUUGAGAAAAGUAGAUGUAUCACAAAUAAUACACAAUAUUGAUAUUCCGGGUUAAUUAAAAUGAUCCAUAAAAGACACUCCAGAUGGAUGAUAUGGAAUAUAGAGACAGAAUAUGAUAAAGAUUAUCACCGAAUCUUAAAAGUACUAAUUAUCCAAGCCGGACAUGUUCUACUUAAAGUGAUGUAUAUCACUGCAUUAUUAUAAGGGAUGCAUUAAUGCGUCCAUCACCCGCUUCCAGACCCUGGUACUGGCCUACCGAGCUGUGAGGGGAUCAGCCCCUUCCUACUUCCAGGCCUUGGUUAAACCAUACAAUCCAUCACGUGCACUUUGCUCUGCGUCAGCCAAUCGGCUUGCUGCUCCACCUCUGCGAGUGGGACCCUCAGAAACACUCCAGUCUGUUAUCCUGGCUCCUAAAUGGUGGAAUGAGCUCCCCAUUGACAUCAGGACGUCAGAAGCUCUGCAGAUCUUCCGUCGUGAACUGAAAACGCUUCUGUUUCCAUUGCAUCUUGCCAAUUUAAUUCUUGCUUUCUCUUAAGAGUUAGCUUAGGUCUUCCAACAAAUUCACAAGCACUUACAAUGCGGGUGUGUUUGGAAGUGUAGGUGCAGCAGUACGGGCCGCAAGUUGCAUUACAUAGAUUGUUUCGAACAAUCUAUGUAAUGCUGGAUGGGAACUGAAAGCACGGGAACAUUAAUAAACCACAUAAUAGCAAGUAUGAAUAUAUUAUAAGAUAAAAAUCAAACAUUGUUUAGACUGAGUCUUGAACCCGGCGCCUUUUACCUGGAAGUUUGAGCACCUCAUUAUUCAUUCCUCUCAGAUACUGUCUCUAUAUAACAUAAACUCCACUCUGGAGAAUGAAUCUAUAUUUCUGUUGCUGCGUUUUGUUUUGGGGCCUUUUGUGCUGGACUGGGUUUAUUUUAGAAGUAAUUAGUGUGCUAUUUCCUCCUACUGCCACUAGGUGGAGUCUUUGCUUUGGGGUUGGGCUUAACAUUUGGGCAGUUAUAUUGAAAUUCAUGGUAGUAGUCGUGUGACACUUAUAGGAACCUUGAAUCCCUUGUUUCAGUCAGACCAGUAUUGGCAUGGUAGUGUGAGCAGCAGCUGGAGAUAUUUCAAACCUCUUUUGAAAUCACUUAUAGGAGCAUCGUUUGUGAGUAUGUUUGAUGGAUAUUGUUAGUAUAAAUAUAUGAUGUGUUUAUUUCUGUAUAUUUUUGUAAUAUCAACGAAGUGUUAUUGAUCUUUGACAUGCUAUUUCAUAUAUCCAGCUAGUUACUGUAGAAGCUUUCUAGGCUAGUUGUAGGCCAUAUGUUUGGGGGUGUGUAUUAGAUAUCUUAGUAUAUACAUAUUUUAUGCUGAUUGUGUAUUUUAUGUCUUUCUUCAUUUUAGUUUUACACCCAUUUGCAUGCUGUCAGUUUGAAUAAAUCUACCAAAUCUGACCAGUGUGUGAUGGGAGUCAUCUGUCUGUCUAAUUGAAGAAGGGGGACUCUUAAAUGAGGGCAGAACACCUUUUAUGGAUCAUUUUAAUUCAUCCACAAUUCUAUAAUGUGUAAUAUUUGUGCCGUAUGUAUUUUCUGCUGUAGAUAUAUUUAUACUUUAUAUUAUUUGCUGUAAAUGUUUAGAUUUUUGAUUUUUACCGUGUCUAUAUUCAGCCUUUCAAAUGUUUUUGAACACACUGCUGCUCCUGUAACACAAGAAUUCCCAAUUUGGGAUCAAUAAAGAAUCUAUCUGUUCAUGUAAAUCUCACCAUGGGGUGGGCUACAGGUACUCUUCAUCAACACA